GUCUCCUUCUUAUCGGCUUCCUCUCUCUCUCUCUCUCUCUCUCUAGUCAGCUUGGAGGCCGUUCUUUUCGAGUGGAUAGGAGAUGGGCGGCAGCCUCUAUGGCGAGAUGUGCUUGGGUAAUGGAAGGUCAGGGUCAUCAAGAAGGGGAAAGAAAAGCAAUUCAGACCAGCCAAAGCUGCCGCGGAGAGGCCUUGGGGUGGCUCAAUUGGAGAAGAUCAGAUUACACAAUCAAAUGAUGGCUGGCUAUCGCGCCUCACUUCAUCCUCCAUUUCAUACCAAUCUCAGCGAGGAGGAUGCAAGAGUACACAUGGGAUCUCCAUCAUCUCCUCAUGCUUCCUCAAUUGCUACUACAUCUUACCUCUGCGGUGUUCAUCCAAACACCAUGAUGAAAUUUGGAGGCAGUGACAUAACAGAUAUUAGAUUUGGUGAUUACCAUUCUGGUGCAACAGCUAGCAAUAACAUGAUGCCGCCCCAUCAUUUCGUAAAACCAGCUGUGACGCUACCGCUUUUGACGCAAACCAUAUUGGAGGAUUCGGUGCAAAAGAAUAUACAACAAGAUCAAUGUCAUUCAAUGGGUUCAAUCUGUCAGAACUCUGAUUCAGGUGACUCUCAAGAGCUAGAUUUGGAGCUUAAAUUGUCCAUAUGAGUGAUUCCAAGCGGAUGGGUUUGUUUCCUAUUUGACAUGAGUAAGUAUCAAACUGGCGGUGUGUUAAAUUUUCGGAGUCUGGUAUUCUGAUGAAGGAAUAUAUGUAAGAGAGAGCUCGCAAAAUAUUAAAGGUUUCAUGAUUAAUUACACUUCCAACUCUUCGAUUACAGAAGGAGUAGUGCUUCUCAUAUUUUGUGAGUAGUCUGUCUUCCGACAGGUCAUGUAACGUAGAACUCAAAAUAGCAACCAGCAUAACUUCUUAGCCUCUCAUUUUGGCAAAUAUGCACUGGAAGCUUCCUUAAGCAUUUAAAUGUUCUUAAAUAAAUCUAGCAUGUCCGUGAUGCAUGCUUCUUCUUGUAAUCUAGGUUAAUUAGCCAAAGUUCAUUUUGUUUAGUGAUCCAAAUAAUAAAGGAGUUUGAACCCGAGCCUCUCGUCAUACA